AUGCAGAGUAUACGAGAAAUGAAACAGAACGGAGGAGAAAUCAUGUACAACCGUCCGAAGUUACCUCCUUGCAAAGGCUUGGAUGUUCUUAGUGCCGCUGCUGCUUCCCAGGAAGAAGAUCGAGCUUCUGUAACUUACCACAAAGAUCUCGGAGAUGAACAGCAAAGAUCUGCCACUCCUUUCGAACGCCUAGAACAUAGCUCGAGCCGCGUUUCUGGGAACAGUAAUGGUAGUAAGUCCAAGAACGCCUUCACGGCCGGUGAGAAGAUUACACACAAGACUUCUUUGCCGAGCGACCACAGAGACGGAUCGGAAAUGUCUCUCGAUACAACAAUCAGUCCCUUACGUUCUCCACGUGUAUCGCGGACUAUUAAGGAGCAGCUCAGCCAGACUUGCCCUUUCCAGCGUAACCACUUAAUCGGUAGAUUUUGUUUUAAUUGUCGAUGUAUGGAGAUGCCAUGGGGAGACAGACUUCCAGUGGCUCUCGACACGAACGGCAACAAAAUCCAAGUCCCCCCACAAGGUGCAUUGCUAGAGGGUGUAAGGAACUUAACUGAACCGUACGAAAUUGCCCAGCUUUCUUUGCUCGUCGAGUUUCGCAUCAUAGAACAAGACCUUGCCACCAUUCCUGGUCUCGUUGCAACUUUCAAAUACUUCCCACAUUUGCAUGAUGUUGCUCAUCGAAUUGCAGAUAUGGUCAAAGAGCUUCGAACCUUGGCUGAUGAAAGUGAGAGUGAACGAGUACCACAAUGGUUCGAUACACUCCAUGAGCUGUUGAAAAAUCCAAAUUUGACGCAUGAACAAUACUUCGCACAGAUAACUGGGGAUUGGAACUUCCAAGCCAAGAAUCCAGCACCACCCGUCCAAGAAGCUCGAAUUCCAACACGUGUAUUUACCGGUAUUCCAGCAAUGCUCACCAUAGAAGAUGCAAUCAACUAUGAAAACAAUCGCGACAGCCAGACCGAAGCUGAGGCUCACGAACUUAUGGAUCAUCUCAAUAGGAAUGAGAGCAGAGGUCCAGGAUUUGUACAAUUCACGAUCGACUUUGUAAGUUGGUUGAGGGAAGGAGCGCAUAGCACUGGUAAAGGUGCGCCACAAUGGAGUCCUCGCUAUGCUCAAGAAUACUACAAGCAUGUGUAUCCCGCGCGUGCAUUGGCUCCCGGUAUCAAAAACAAUGGCACACGAUUGUGUGGUCGAUUGGAUUUCUCAAGUCAUCGUGACUCCACACCCACAACACCACGUUGUAACGAAGAAGCUUCUGAUGUUGAGCUCUACGAUAGCAAUGAUGACGAAGAAGAGCUUGAAGGAGCUUACUUCCGUAAGCUUCCAGAAGUUAAGAAGAAUACGCCAGGUCGUGUCAAUGUUACGUGGCGAUUUGUCGAAGGAACAGAUAUCACAAAUGCACAACUAGGCAACCCUGAUCCUAGCAAGUUCUACUUGACCCGCCAAAAUGUCGAUGAUCCUGAAGAGAUUGAUCUCCGCCAAUACGCACAAAUUGCCGGAUUUGACUGGAAUAAUCCUGCCGAUAUCAAGAAGCUCAACAAGGCUAGAGCUCAAAACCGUAAGCGUACCCAUGGUAAUAUUGCCGAAACACGAAUCCCAUGGACACAGUUGGAGAAGGACAAACUCAUAGAGGAGGUACAAGAUGCGAUUAGGGUUGGUGAAACCAGACACACGAUUGACUGGGAUGAGAUUGCAGAACGUCUCAGACAGAGAUUUGAUGGCUUUGUGCAGAAGAAGGGAUCCAAGUUGGCACCAGGAGUCGAGAGAGAACCAAAGAAUGGCAAGAAAGAUAGAACUCUCAAGACUAGUCGCAGCGAUCGCGUAGGUUACAACCGCACAGGCUCUGCAACUGAAACACAAGCCUUAAAAUAUCCAGACAUCCUCAAGUUGAUAAAUGAUGCAACUGGACUUGGUGGAAAGGGAGGUCGUGGCAUGCUUAGAGGUCCUCGUCGACUCUCGCAGGCUGCUGGUGACGAGAAGAAGGAAUCAAACAGCCGGCCAACAAAGCAAGACACGCACGCCUCCCGCCGCAGCUUUUCACAGUCUAUCGAUGACGAACAAGAUGAGGACGACCAUCCAGCAACAAAGAAAUCAAAGGGUAGCAGGGCUUCUGGAAAGAUGUGUAAUGCGCAGACCAAAGAACUUAAUCCUCUGGCAAAGCGAACUCUGGACCUUCCCAGUUACAACUUUGUGCACAUGUUUGAUGACGUAUACGAUGAAGAAAAUAAUCGUCCAUCGAAGAAGGCAAAGAUUAUCCAUCGUCGCCACUCAAGUAGCCCACCACCUCGUAUGCUAAAGAAGCAUUAUAAUGAUGAUGAAGAUGACGGACCGCUACCUUCACCAUCCCGAUCAUCUGCAUUGAACGCUGCGUUUAGAUUGAGGCUUCCGAAGAGUAGUGCAAAGCAAUUUGACGCCACUUCAAGCAGGAAAUAG